CCUGCACACACCGCUACCAAUGCAGCAUUUGUCCUGUUUCAUACAGCAGGUAUAAUAGUAUCUUUAAUAAGUCUACUUGGAGUGUGAGCAGUUGUUUAUAGAAGUUAUUGUGAUACAGUGACGGCUGGAAAUGGAGAUGUGUAAUUAUUCCGUAGCUUUAACAAACGUCCCCACGAAAUUCAAGCAGGGAAACACUGGAAGUAGACCCCCCCAUCCGGAUCAGGCUUUAUCCUGAUUUUCUCUCAGAAACCGGGACAGGCUGCACUGCUCACAUCCACAGCGGUGAAACUUCUCUUCAAUCUUUUAUACUGAUAGAGAGGGGGUUUUAAAAAGACUUGCGACUUUGUCAUUUUUAUAGUUUUUCGGCGACAUCUCAUAUAAAACACGCGAGGAGUCAACGGGCUGAGAAGGUGUGUUUUCCCUUUGUGUUGCCUGUAAGGGUGCACCAGUCAGAUUCAACAGAGAGGACAACACACUGGGAGAUAGAUGUUAAUAAGGAGCUGACUGAUUGGUCCGAGGGGUUGAGUGACAGCCACAGGUGUGUCAGAGAUGGGCAGGAAGUUAGAUCUGUCGGGGCUGACGGACAACGAGGCGGAGCAUGUGCUGCAGGUGGUGCAGAGGGACAUGAGGCUACGCAAGAAGGAGGAGGAGCGCCUCAGUGAACUGAAGCAGGAGCUGGACGAGGAAGGCAGUCGCUGCCUCCUGCUGUCACGGCAGAGCUGCUUCAACCAGCGCUGCUGCAUCCGCUGCUGCUCGCCCUUCACCUUCCUGCUCAACCCCAAGCGCCAGUGCCGUGACUGCCACUACAACGUCUGCAAGGCCUGCCGGGUCUAUAACAAGCGGGACAAAGCCUGGCUCUGCUCUGCCUGCCAGAAGAGCAGGCUGUUGAAGACGCAGUCCCUGGAGUGGUUCUACACUAAUGUGAAGACGCGCUUCAAGAGGUUCGGCAGUGCCAAAGUGCUGAAGACUCUUUACAGGAAGCACUUGGUGGAGCACAGCGCGCUUUCAGAGCUUACUGAGGGCAGCGCCUACGAGGAUAGUAUCUGCAAUGAGGGCAGCGUCUGUGGGAGCGACUCAACCUUCUACAGACAAACUGAAGAGCACAGCAUGGCAGAGACACUCUCUGUGGCCUUGCGGGUGGCAGAGGAGGCCAUAGACGAGGCCAUUUCCAAGGCUGAGUUUGACACUACCAAUCAGGAGAAGCAGAAUGAGGCGCACUAUCUGCGGGAGCACAGAAGAGAGCUCAUCGAGGAACUGGCCAAAACUAUCGUGCAAAAAAUUAUUAGCAGGAGGAAGACUUUGGCUGAGAUGAGGGCUGAGUAUGAUCAGGUCUGGCCACUUGAGCACAACACUGACCCUCAUCAUCAUCAUCAUCAUCAGUCCGGCUGUGAUCAAGCCUCCGGCUCCCUUAAACACGAGUCAGGCCUCUGGAGGUCACACUCUGCCUUCUCACUGUUGGAUAACGACCCUCCAGGUCUGAUGCAAGAUUCCUCACAGGCGUUAAAGAAAGACGGAGGUGGGUCGGCUAUGUCAACCUGGAAGAGUGUAGACCGGCUGGACAACUCUGGUGUGUCCUCAGUGCUGAAGAGCCCAGACGGGAACUGGAUCGCCCUGCAGAGUGCCCAGCUGUCUCGUCCCAGCCUGCUGACCAGAAGGAAGAGCCUGGUCUUCAGUGCCUUGGAGAGGGAGUCUGAGGUGGUGUCCGCCUACGAAGGCAUGGGCUCUGACAACGAAACCAAACCAGAGGCCGACAGCUCCUGGGGAGCCGUCCUCCAGGAGAUCCAUAAGAAGAUGACAGACUCUAACUUCAACCUGCAGGACGCCCCUGACAGGAUACCAUCACCAGUGAUGCCGGGCAGCAGAGACGAUCUGUUUUCAGACUCUGAGGGGAACUGGGAGCCUAACAAACCUCUGCUGGCUGUUUUUAAGAGGAAGGUACCUGCAGAGAUCAGGCGACCAUCCUCCCGCAGGACCAGCAUCACCGAUGUGAACUUUAAUGUGGAAGGAGCAGGAGAGGAAGAGGAGAGCAAUGUGGCUACAGAGCCAGAGAUGGGCAGAAGAUCACGCAAGAAAAGGAGAAGUAAAAAACAGUCCUCCUCUCCUUCUCUGCUGGAUAACAGCGAGAACGACGACCACUCCCAAAAUCUAUCUGAUGCUGCAACCCCUGACACUUUGACCUCUGGAGCCAUGACUCCCAAACCUUCUGACUUUGAGAGUGACAUCACAGGACAUGGAGCCAAUCACAUGGAGCAGGAGCUCACGUCAAAACUACAACAGCUGGCAGGCCGAGUUUCUGACUCCUCAGAAGAAGUUAAUGGCAGAGUGAGAGAUGGUGGUAAUGAUGAAGAGAGGGAGGAACAGAGACGAGGAAGUGAAGACAGAGAUGAAGAAGAGGAGAGGCUGUGGAGGAUGGAGAUCGACUGGGAUGAAGGAAGAACAGAGGAAGAUGAGGAAGUGGAUGAUGAAGAGAUGAGGAGCAGAUUAUACAGGCUCAUCGCACAGUCCAGACUCACCUACCUCUCGUCUACUGAUGACGAGUUAGUCAAAGUUGGCCAGAGUGAAGGAGAAUGGGAGGGAGACAGGGAUGAAGAUGUGGAGGAGGUAACGACAGACAGACUCGCUUCUAAACUCUGUCAGCUGGAAAAAGAAGUCCGGGCCAACCAGUUCUCCUCCACAGAGGAUGAGCUGGACAGAGUUGGCGUCGUGGAAGAAGAGAAGGAGGUGGAGCUGGCGGUGAAAGUGUGCAGAUUAGCUAACGAAGCCAACGCCACACAAUUUUCCUCCACGGAGGACGAGUUGGACCGAGCAGGCAGAGGUGAGGAGGGGGAGGAAGCGAUAGACGAAGAGAAGCUGUGGGAACUGCAGGCGGAAAAAGACGCCCAGGCUGCUCAACUGCGCGAUUUGGCCAGCCUAGUUAGUGCUUCUCAGUUUUCCUCCACUGAGGAUGAGCUGGAUAGAGUUGGAGAGAAUGAUGGAGAGAUGGAGCAGGAAGAAAAUGAAGGACGAGUUAAGAGGGAGGCGGCAGUGGGAGAGAAACAGGAGAGGAGAGAAUCAUUUGGAGACUUGGAUGUGAAAGUGUUUGAUUUAAGGGAUGAAACUGAGGAGAGUGAGACGGACAUCAGUGAUGAAAAAGUUGAAGAUUCCCAACCAGAUAAAACAGAGAUGGAGGAAAAGAGAGAUGGCACAGAGGAGAGAGUACCAGACGAGGAUGAAAGGAUAGUAAAGGGGCAUAUAUGUGAAGAAAGAGAAGAACCUUUGAAAGAGGACAGACAAGAGAUGGAGUUAGAAACAGUGUUGCAAGCAGAGAGAACGGAGGAGAUAAAAUCCUUACUCGAGACAAAAGUCCAACAAGAGAAUCAGCCAGAGGCGAGUUGGCCAGACAGAGAGGAAGGAGAAGAGAGACAGGAAGAGGAAGAGAGUCAAGAGACAGCAGCAGACAGUGAGGAGGAAGCUGUAGAGUUUGACAGAAUAAUCAGCAGCAUGUUGAUGAUGACUUUGGAGGACAUGCAGGUAGAGGCAUUAAAGGAUGAAGCUGCAGAACAUGGGAGCAUAAACAGAGAGCCAGAGGAAGCACAGACACAUGAGAAUGUAACAUCUGCAGGAGAAGGUGGAUUUGAGGACAACACUGUCGAUACACAAAGCACAAAUGCAUCAGAGGAGACAGGAAGUGUUAAAGAGUGUCAGAGUCAAGGCGACAGUGUGAUGCCAGAGUCACCUGUGACGGAAGGACCAGGAGAAAAUGUAAGUGAGCAAAGUGGAGGAGAUGUUAAGGAGAGUGAAGAUGCUACACACGGACAUGAAGAUGGGCAUCAGGGAAACGAUGCAGUUGCACAAGAAAAAAGAAAUUUAGGAAUCGAAGAGAUGCUUGAGGCCAAACAGACGUUUAAAAGAACAGAAGUGGAUGAUGACGAACAAGAGGACAGAAGAGAAAAAGUUACGACUGAGGGGCAAAUGAUAGAGACACAGGGUGGUGCUGCAGAGGGAGGCUGUGAAAGCAGAGACACAGAUGAAAGACUCGAGGAAACCGAGGAAGAAAAUACAGACGACAUGGAGCUGAGCAGCACGUCUUCUCCUUACGAGGGUUUACUGUCACCUGAGGAGAUUCAGAAUGGUAGUAACAUGGAGCUUUACAAAACAAUACAGUUUAUAUCAACUCUGCUGGAGCAGAGGUACUCGGCGGUGUCUCUGCGCAGCAUCACCACUGAGGUCCUGAAGGUGCUGAAUGCCACUGAGGAGCUGCUACUGCAGGGGAUAGAGGGAGGGGAAGGCCCCCGACUCUCCAACACCUCAUUGCCCCUCAACACAGACCCCAAGAAACUGGAUCAACAGUUCUCCAGACUGGAGGAGAACGUGUACGUGGCAGCUGGAGAGGUUUACAGUCUGGAGGCUGAGCUGAGUGACCUGGAGGAGUGUGCCAGGGGCAUCUGUAGCGCCACGUCGGACAUGGAGCUGUCCUUCCUGGAGGAGCAGGUAGCAUCUGCAGCUGCUGCUGUCCAACAGUCUGAGCUGCAGGUUUGUGAUAUCUCAGCCAGAAUUGCAGCAUUGAAGAGUGCAGGCCUCAACGUAGAAACACCACAGUCGCGCUUCACUAAGACCAAGACCAUUCCAGUCACGCCUGUCACUGUGGACUCUACAAGACAGCUGAGGCGACGACUCCCUGCACCACCAGUGAAAGAAGACAAGGAGGAAACCUGAGCGUCCGAGUCAAGACCUUCGCAGUACCUCCAACACAGCAGUGCCUUGACCCUGACAGCUUCCAGGCCAGUCUUAAGCGAUCCAUUGAGAUACCAUUUGCCUUAAUUUCAUUUUUAGACUAAACAUGCCUCAAAUAAUACACGACACUAGUCCUGUAUGCCAGUAAUAGUGCAGGAAACUGUUGAUUCUCGUGUCAUCGUAUCAAAAUGUACAGUAGAUACAAUUACUUUGACAGUUUUGAAAAUGUUAUCAGCAUUUAUUAAACUGCUUAAGAGAAAGAGUGGGAUGAACCCUCAGCUCAUUGGACAAUUGCUAACAUUUGAGGGUUUUUUAGAUUUCCAAAAACUGGUGAAAUUAUUACAUUAUGCAGCAUGUGUACGAAACAAUCCUUGUUUUAAUUAGAACACUUCUUAAAGCUAUACAAGUACUGUACAGUGACUGAAGAGACACUAACAUGAUCAGCGACAGACUAAAACCUGCAAUUUACCAUUUUAAAUAUACAGAUUACAUGUGUUGGAACAAUUACAGCAUGUUAGAAAAAUGUUGCGAGACUGUAUCAAGUCUAAAACAAAUACAGAUCUGUAUUUUUUCAUGGUUGUGAAUGUUUGUAAUGUUGUAGUGUACAUAUUUGUACAGCAAACUAAUCAGAAAAUAAAAGUAGAAAUUGAAAA